CUGGCGGAGGGCACGUCGCCACCGCCCGCCCCAGUCGCCGCGGGCGAUGAACUGCAACCCUGGGCGAGGUGUCUGUCGCCAGAGGAGUUGAGGUCGCUCGCUGCAAGGCGCAGCGAGAUCACUCUCCACGCUCGCUGAGCGCUUCUUUCGAGGGAAAUUCCGGAAGGGUUUGCUUGAAUGAAUGGGAUCGCCAGACGCCGACUCUCGCGCACAGGAGAACGAGAUGGGAGAUCUGGUAAUUAAGUGUCAUGGAUCAUACUGCAAGACUGGGACCGGAAUAAAAGCAUUCCCACCCAGCACCAUCACAGCUUUCGUCUACUGUAUUUCUGUUACUUUGAUUUUCACAAUAAUCAAGGUGGUUAGUUACCGCCUGCAUCUUAUGUUUGACAAAGGAGAAGUGAUUCAACAAAAAGUCACUUGGAGGGAAGGAAAGCACAAUAAAGAUGGCAAAAGAGAUAAUGCAAUUCGACAUAUACAUCUUAGCAAUAAUAUAGGGGACAGUGGUGCAGUUGAAGAGAGCAAGCAUAAUGGUUCAACACCAACCAUCCAUAGCAGUGCAAAAGUGCAGGCUAUUCUGUCUCAUCAUUCUUCAGGUGUACUGGAGCUGCCAGCACAAGAAACUAUUGAAGAUCUGAAAGGAGUAAUGGUUUUGGAAGACCAACCUGUCCCACCAGUUUCAUCUACCUCACCCUGUGUCAAAGCAGAUAUUCUCUCCGCUUCCAUGGCACUUAUGUCAAAUUCAACUGCAUCAGCAAUAGUGGCCAAGCCAAAUGCUAUGGAGACAUUUAUCAGUAACACAACCAGUGAAAAAGAAGAAAAGUUACAGUCUUCCGGCCACAGUGGAGUGGAGGAUACUCUGUUUGAUAAAGCUGUUGUUAAAAAAUUACCAAAUCUUUCUUUGUCUCAGUGUGACAUUUUAAAGAAUGGCAUUUCCUUUGAGCCUUGGGGCACUGAUAAUUCACUCAUCAUUUCAGAGCAUUUAAGCAAUCCCAAAUGUUUCAGGAGAGAGAAGCUGCCAGAUGCAGUGGCUCAAGAUGGCAGUACUCCUAGCUGCCCACAGUGCAAUACUGUGGCAGCCAAGGAAACCAGUGGGCCAGUGGAGGGUUCUUCUUAUGGUGAUGACAUGAAGCUACACCUUGAUGAUUCAGAAGGUGAAGUAGCUGUUGCUCUUGUUGAUAAUUCUCUCCCUGGAGACCCACUCACGCUACGCGAACCCAUUAAAAUAGUUAUCACAAUGAGCAGUACCCAGAACUCAGCAAUUGAUUUAGAAAGCUCAUGCCAUACGAAAGUCUUGGGCGCUGAAAAAUCCAGCUCAGAUCCAGAGUCUGGUGUUGCUACAGCAGAUCAAAACAGUAAACAAAACAAUGAACAAAUCCCUGUCAUUACUUUUGAAUUGUCUGAUGACAGUGGUGGUCAUGUUUAUCAAGAAGUGAGUGAGAGCUUAAGAACACCAGAGAAUUUAAAUGUAGAUGCAUCAUCCAACCAGUGCUCUGGCUAUGAAUCUGGUGAACAGGAAAAUAUUGCAAAAGAAUAUAGUGACAAUCCAACAAAUAAUCACAAAGAAACAAAUCUUUGUUUAGAAAAUGUUUCUGAGAAUGUAGAAGUUACAGUUUUGCAUUCAAAAGAAGGGCAACAGAGUUUGGGUGUGCCCUCAUAUAAAAUGGCUCAUGAGAAGAGACAUGCUCGUGUGCUCAGUGUUGAUAGUGGAACAGAUGUUUUUUUAAGCAAGAAUUCUACAGAGACAGUCAGUGAUAAAGAAAAACUUUUGCCGACCUCUAAAUCUGAUCUGGAAGCUAAAGAAGGGCAGGCACCCAGUGAAUCUAAUUUCUUGGAAUUUGUCUCACUGCUGGAAUCCAUCAAUAGCUCUAAGGCAACAACUUCUGAUGGGAAACCAGAGACUGCAAAAGAUAAAGGGCUCGCUGGAGAUGGCUGUAUAACAGAGAUAAAGGAAGGACCUCUGGAAACAGAAAAAAACUCCUCUGAAAAAGAAAAAUAUUCUUCUAAGCAGGAUAGAUCAGAAAUGCAAAGUCAGGUCUCAGCUGGGAUUAAUUCAAUGAAGCCUGAGCCUGUGAAGUUCACUGCACACUACCAGGCCACCAGGCAAAGGCAGAUCAUUUACCGGGUAACUUCACAGCAAGAUAGUUCUGUCUUGCAAGUCAUAAGUGGCCCUGAGGCUUCUGUCCAAGAAGAAAUGUCUGUGGAUGCAAUGCAUGUCUUCAUAGAUGAAAAUGGAGACAUUAGAUCCUGUUACUUAAAGGCUGGCAGUCAAAAAGAAGGAAAUCCUCAAAAUCCAGCACCUAACAAUGACUGGGUUUCCAAUGCUCAUGAAACUCACUUCAGCUCUUCUAGUACAGCUACCUCAGAGAGUCAGGAUAUAUCUUCUGGAGAUCAUGGCCCCAGCCCAUUGCAACAGCAGCUGUUACUGAUGGUGGCACGGAGAACCCUAGCUGAAACUCAACGGCAUUUUAGUGAAGACCUUGAAGAUUCUUCAUGUUCAUCAGUACAGAGAAAAAUUAAUAGACAAUUUUACAAAUUUUUAAUCUUUCCUGGCAAAUGGAUAAAAGUCUGGUAUGAUCGACUGACUUUGCUGGCAUUGCUAGAUAGGACAGAAGAUAUCAAGGAGAAUGUUUUGGCAAUUCUGCUAGUAAUCCUUGUUUCUUUUCUUGGCUUUCUAAUUAUGAACCAAGGUUUUUGUAAAGACAUUUGGCUCUUCCUGUUCUGUCUUAUCAUGGCAAGCUGUCAAUACUCCCUUCUAAAGAGCAUUCAGCCAGACCCUGCCUCACCUAUACAUGGCCACAAUCAGAUGAUAAUCUAUAGCAGGCCUGUAUAUUUUUGUAUAUUGUGUGGCCUUAUUUUAUUGCUAGAUGCAGGCUCCAAAAACAGAAGUCCCUCAGUUUAUACAGUAUAUGGCUUGAAGAUCUUCUCACCUGGAUCAUUUCAGGCAGCCAGAGACCAUGUCAUAGGAUUUUUAUAUUGCUUUCCGGCUAUUUCUCUUCUUGGCCUUUUCCCACAAAUCAACACUUUCUGCAUAUAUCUCCUGGAACAAAUAGAUAUGCUGCUCUUUGGUGGUUCUGCGGCUGCUGGGAUGGUAUCUUCACUGUACAGUGUUUCUCGAAGCUUUAUCGUUGUAAUUGUCCUGUAUGCAUUCUGCUUCAAUGCAGUAAAGGAGCCAUGGGAUGCACAACAUAUUCCUGCAUUGUUUUCUGCUUUUUGUGGCCUUUUAGUUGCACUUUCUUACCAUCUGAGUAGGCAAAGCAGUGACCCAUCUGCUUUAAUAUCACUUAUCCAGUAUAAAUAUUUUCCCCAUUUUCUACAUCAACAUUUGGACACUUCACAGGCUGAUCCACUUCCUGAGAAGAUGAGAGAAUCAGUGAGGGAGACCUUGAAGUCAGAUCUCAUUGUGUGCUCAUUGGCUGCUGUGCUGUCAUUUGCAGUCAGUGCCAGUACGGUGUUCUUGUCGUUAGGGCCAUUUCUCAGCCUUGUGCUUUUCACUUUAGCAUGGACUGUUGGAUUCGUAACGCACUAUAUACUUCCUCAGCUUCGCAAACACCACCCAUGGAUGUGGAUUGCCCACCCUAUUCUUAAAAAUAAAGAAUAUCAAAAGAGAGAAAUAACAGAUGCUGCCCAGUUAAUGUGGUUUGAAAGGCUCUAUGUGUGGCUUCAGUGUUUUGAAAAGUACAUCUUGUAUCCUGCAAUAAUAUUGAAUGCCCUUACCAAUGAUGCUUUUUCAAUCAGCAAAGAUAAGCGAUUAACUCCACACUGUGAUAUCUUUCUGAUUACAAUUGCGGGAAUGAAGCUACUGAGGUCUUCAUUUUGUAAUUCCAUUCACCAGUUUGUUACACUAAGCUUUACUGUAAUCUUCUUCAAAUUCGACUAUAAGGAUUUCUCUGAGAACUUGUUGUUGAAUUUCUUCAUGAUGUCAAUUGUAUUUAAUAAGCUGUGGGACCUACUGCAAAAAUUACAGUUCGUAAUGACAUACAUUGCUCCUUGGCAAAUUGCUUGGGGCUCUUCAUUCCAUGUGUUUGCUCAGCUCUUUGCCAUACCUCACUCUGCGAUACUCUUCUUCCAAACCCUGGCCACUGCAAUCUUUUCUACUCCAUUGAGUCCAUUUCUAGGAAGUGUCAUUUUUCUCACAUCAUACGCCAGACCAGUCAAGUUCUGGGAAAGGAAUUACAACACUAAACGAGUAGACCAUUCUAAUACAAGACUGGCACUUCAAAUUGAAAAGGAUGCAGGAAAUGAUGAUAACCUCAACUCCAUCUUUUAUGAGCACCUGACAAGAUCUCUGCAGGAAUCUCUUUGUGGAGAUUUGAUUCUUGGACGCUGGGGAAACUACAGCUCUGGCGACUGCUUUAUUUUGGCAUCGGAUUAUUUGAACGCCUUUGUUCACUUGAUUGAAAUUGGAAACGGUCUUGUCACUUUCCAACUCAGGGGGCUAGAAUUUCGAGGGACAUACUGCCAGCAGAGAGAAGUGGAGGCUAUAACAGAAGGAGAUGAGGACAACGAAGGCUGCUGCUGCUGCAAGCCAGGCCACUUGCCUCACUGGCUCUCAUGCAACGCGGCGUUCAACCUUCGAUGGCUGGCCUGGGAGAUCACUCGGACUCAGUACAUCCUGGAGGGGUACAGCAUCAUUGACAACAACGCUGCCACGAUGCUCCAGGUGUUUGACCUGCGCAGGAUACUCAUCAGAUAUUACGUAAAGAGCAUUAUAUACUUCACUGCAAGUUCCCCUAAAAUCCUGCACUGGCUAAGAGAUGAUUCAUUCCAAAAGAUACUGCAGCCUUUCUCCAAGUGGCAUUACAUUGAGCGUGACCUUGCAAUGUUCAGUAUUAACAUUGACGAUGACUACGUACCCUGCCUUCAAGGAAUCACCAGGGCAAGUUUCUGCAGUGUUUACUUGGACUGGAUUCAGUUUUGUGCCGCAAAAAGAAUCGAGCCUAUAGAGUGUGAUGAAGACUCUCCUUUAGUAACUCUUUCCUUUGCCUUGUGCAUUCUGGGUAGAAGAGCACUGGGAACAGCCUCACACAAUAUGGCCAUCAGUUUAGAUUCCUUCCUCCAUGGCCUUCAUGCCUUGUUCAAAGGAGAUUUUCGAAUCACAUCAAGAGAUGAAUGGGUGUUUGCAGAUAUGGACCUGUUGCACAAAGUUGUUGCUCCUGCAAUCAGAAUGUCACUGAAGCUUCAUCAGGACCAGUUUACCUGUCCAGACGAAUAUGAGGAACCUGCAGUUCUUUAUGAGGCAAUUCGGUCAUUUGAAGAAAAGGUUGUGAUCUGCCACGAAGGAGACCCUGCCUGGCGUAAUGCUGUCCUCUCCAACAAGGAGGAACUGCUCACCCUGAGGCAUGUAGUGGAAGAAGGGACAGAUGAAUACAAAAUUAUCAUGCUUCACAAAAGCUAUCUGAGCUUCAAAGUCAUCAAGGUGAACAAGGAGUGUGUCAGAGGGCUCUGGGCUGGGCAGCAGCAGGAGCUGAUAUUCUUACGCAAUCGCAACCCAGAACGGGGCAGCAUCCAGAACAACAAGCAGGUUUUGAGGAACCUAAUUAACUCCUCCUGUGACCAGCCCCUGGGGUACCCUAUGUACGUCUCUCCUUUGACCACGUCAUACCUAGGGACCCACAGGCAGCUGAAGAACGUUUGGGGUGGACCAAUCAGCCUGGACAACAUCACAACAUGGUUCAGAAGCAAGUGGCUCAGGAUGAGGAAGGGCUGCCAUCCCGGCCACAACAGUGGAGGGAACCUCGAAGAAGCCGCCAGCAGAAAUGGGUCAUCUUCCAGCUGCAACCCAGCGAAUAACUCCAGCAGCUCCCAACACACCAGGAACAGCAUGCCCCAGCUGCGGGCUUCUUUAUCGGUUGCUCAAUUCCCAGGCAGAAGAAAAUUCAGGAGUCAGUCUGUUCAGACACAUGCUGCCUUAAAUCAGAGACCCCCUCGUUCCAGUCACUCUGGUCCUGUCUUAGAAAGCCACUACCCCUUCAUCCAGACUUCCACGUCCGCCCAUGAAAUUGCCCAGGGGCUUUCUGGCAGCCAGCUCUCCUUCCACAAUUCAGCAGCUUCGGUAUUCUCCCACACGCCUGCCAUCCCUUCUCUGGGCCAGCUCACUGUCCAGGAGAGAGCCGAAGUGAUGCUGCGGUCCAGCCUGGCCUCUUCCACCAGUUCUACGCUCAGCCUUUUGUUUGGCAAGAGGAGUUUUUCAAGUGCUUUGGUGAUUUCUGGCCUCUCGGCUGCUGAUGGAGGAAACACCACAGAUACUCAGUCAUCCAGCAGUGUUAACAUUGUAAUGGGCCCAUCUGCCCGAGCAGCAAGCCACACUGUGCAGGAGACCACACAGCAAUUGUCGGAGGAUUAUGAGGCAACCGAUGCUACUGAAUGCAGGCAACGAAGGGAGCUUGGAACCACUCAUGCCCUCCUGAUGAGCCAUAUGCUGGAAUGUAGAAGAGCCAGCCAAGAGGACAUGGCACUGGAAGACACAGCUUCUCAACACAGUCUUUCAGAAGAGCAGUAAAGCAUCCACUUGUGUAAAGGCCAAUGCUCUGUACAGUAGAAAUCGAAACACGACAUGGUUCAUUUCCCAGAAAAGGUUUUAACAUUCAUUCAAAGCUAACUAAAAGAAAAAAGAAAAACCUUAAAAUAUUUAUUUUUUUAAUUUUUGGUUAAAAGUCUUUAUUCAAAAAUAUUACAGCGUAGAAACACAAUACUGGACAAUUGGCAUUUAGUGCUGCCCUAAAUGCAGUGCAGCUUCAGCUCAGGGUCCUGAAAAUUCAAAUAUGAUCUUGGGAGGGGAAAAAAAAACCCUAUUCUGACAUUCUUUCCCCUGAAGAAGCACUGAUAGGAUGGAAUUUGGGAAGCAUCUGAGGGAUGGAUUGAGAAAGAGACAGAGAGGGAGAAUACUUGGAACCGAGACUGAAAGCAACAGAAAAUCUGAAUGCAGUUCAGUGAAAAGCACACCGACAUCUGUCUCUUGUCGUAACCAAAUAGAUGAUUGCAUGCUAAAUAACUGGCAUUUUAUACAUAAUGCAUCAGAAAGGAUUGUUUUUAAUUGAAGCAAUGAAUAUGUAAUAGGAGAGGAAUCUGCAUUCUCUAAGAUUAGUAUGCUGAAUCUUUAAAAAAAAAGUCAAAAGGAAAGCCUCAUUUUUCUGUUUGUUUGAAGUGUUCUGCAGCUGGCAAUUAUGUGCUACAACAUAUUAAUCCAGAAGGUGGUCCACUGCAUGCAGCCAUAAUAAAAUAGCAUAUGAAAGUGCCAGGCUACACAUUGCCGUGAACCAAAUAUAGCUGAUGCAUGAAAAGCCUUCACAAAGCCAACAGUGCUCCUUAUUUGCAAACAAUGCAGCUUUCUCUAAAAGGUUGUCGUUUCACAUAACCUUGCACUUGUUUGGUUGGCAGAUAUCCAUGCCUGUUUCUGAAACUGAGAGACUUAACACAACUGUAAAGUACUGUAGUAAUCUCUCAUACACAGAGACAUGUCAAUUGUUUUGUAAUUAAAGACUUUACAACUA